GGGGGGGGCUCCGGGGGGCGGGUCCCUGUGCCGCUGACGUCCCGAGCAGUGCUGGGAAGUAUAGGCUGUGUUGUCACGCCGGUGUCAGUCUGAUGAAGAUUGGCAUCAGGUUGACUCUGGAGCAGGACUCUGAGGCUUGCCGUCCUCCAUGCCGCUCACCAGAAAAGGGACUGUGAACUGUGCACUGGCUCCAGCCAACAAGGAAGAAUUGCUGGCCCAGCUGGAAGUGAGAAGAGGGGAGUGAGUCUCCUGAGGGCCCUCCCAGAGGCCACCGGGAUCGCCCGAACAAUCCUCCAUGUGAAUCCAUCCCAUGAUGCAACAUGCCUCCCCAGCCCCCGCUCUGACGAUGAUGGCCACGCAGAAUGUCCCUCCCCCUCCCUACCAGGACAGCCCACAGAUGACGGCGACCGCUCAGGCCCCCUCUAAGGCCCAGGCUGUCCACAUCGCCGCACCCUCGGCUGCUGCCAGCACACCUGUGCCCAGUGCCCCCAUCGACCCCCAGGCCCAGCUGGAGGCUGACAAGCGAGCUGUGUACAGGCACCCUCUUUUCCCGCUCCUGACGCUGCUGUUUGAGAAAUGUGAACAGGCCACGCAGGGCUCGGAGUGCAUCACCUCCGCCAGCUUUGACGUGGACAUCGAGAACUUUGUCCACCAGCAAGAGCAAGAGCACAAACCCUUCUUCAGCGACGACCCAGAGCUGGACAAUCUGAUGGUGAAGGCAAUCCAGGUCCUGAGAAUCCACCUGCUGGAGCUGGAGAAAGUCAAUGAACUCUGCAAGGACUUUUGUAACCGUUACAUCACCUGCCUCAAAACCAAGAUGCACAGUGAUAACCUGCUCAGGAAUGACCUCGGGGGGCCCUACUCCCCCAACCAGCCCUCCAUAAACCUUCACUCACAGGACCUCCUUCAGAAUUCCCCCAGUUCCAUGUCCGGAGUCUCCAAUAACCCCCAGGGGAUUGUGGUCCCAGCCUCAGCGCUCCAGCAGGGCAACAUCGCCAUGACAACUGUCAACUCACAAGUGGUGUCAGGUGGAGCCUUAUACCAGCCGGUUACCAUGGUAACCUCCCAGGGUCAGGUGGUCACCCAAGCAAUCCCCCAGGGAGCCAUCCAGAUCCAGAACACACAGGUUAACCUUGACCUCACCUCCCUCCUGGAAAAUGAGGAUAAGAAGUCCAAGAACAAACGAGGAGUCUUGCCCAAGCAUGCCACCAAUAUAAUGCGUUCUUGGCUCUUCCAGCAUCUCAUGCACCCCUACCCCACGGAGGAUGAGAAGAGGCAGAUCGCAGCCCAGACAAACCUCACCCUCCUGCAAGUGAAUAACUGGUUCAUCAACGCCCGGAGGCGCAUCUUGCAGCCCAUGCUUGACGCCAGCAACCCCGACCCUGCCCCCAAAGCCAAGAAAAUCAAGUCGCAGCACCGGCCCACCCAAAGAUUCUGGCCCAACUCCAUUGCUGCAGGGGUGCUGCAGCAGCAGGGUGGUGCCCCGGGGACAAACCCCGAUGGUUCCAUCAACCUGGACAACCUGCAGUCCCUGUCCUCAGACAAUGCCACCAUGGCCAUGCAGCAGGCUAUGAUGGCCGCACACGACGACUCACUGGAUGGGACAGAAGAAGAGGAUGAGGAUGAGAUGGAAGAGGAAGAGGAAGAGGAGCUGGAGGACGAGGCCGACGAGCUGCAGACAACGAAUGUCAGCGACCUGGGCUUGGAGCACAGUGACUCCCUGGAGUAGCCGGGCAGCCCAGGUGGCACUGAUCACCGAGCAGGAGUGUCGUCAGGAGGGCUUCAGGCUGGGCGGGGAGGAGACAUGGGCAGGAAGCCCCGAGGAAGUUGGACCCUGGCUUCCCAAAAUCAGUAGCUGGAGGAAAUGCAGAGGAAACACCUGUUCCUUCCCAACCACCAAGCUUCCACCAGUACCCUGGCCCCACUUCCCUAGAGCUGCAGAGGACUCCGUUUGGCGGGGCCAGUCGAGCAGCCUGGACAGAAAGGCAGGAGUGAGAUCUGGACUCACCAAAUCCCUGAGGACAGAUGGCACCCACGCCCCCAAACCCCCGCCACUGAAGGACUUGAGUUGUGUACAAGCCCUGCGCCGUGAGGUGGAUCAGUGCUGUUCAGAGUGAGCCUUUGCCAGGGAACAGAGUUAGGAGGAAAGGGAGAGACAAAGGGGGUCUGCGUUCCACCUCCAGAGGGCUGUUAGCUCCUCUGAGUGACAUUCAAGGGCAGGAGGGAGCCUCAACGUAUAAUCCAUGGCUGGAGGAGGGGAACGGCCUGAGGCGUCGCAUCCGGCAGACCAGGGUGGGACCUGGACUCCUGGAGCUCCUCUCAGCCCUCCAAGGCCCUGUCUCUGGGCACAGGCAGCCGUGGACUUGGGAGAGAGGGAUGGGAGCCACCGGAGCUGCCUUCUCUCUCUCCUGGAAAUCAGUGGUAAGCUGGUGGGCUCAUUUAUAGGAGGUAAAGCGGAGUCCCUUCACCUGGGUUGGCUCCAGGACCCAAGGAGAUGGCAGAACCGGGGCUAGGAGCCAUAUCAAGGUGACUUUGGGGACCACAGCGAUCCCCAGUGGUCACAGAACUCAGCUCCUGUAACAGCAGGACAGCGGUGUCUUAUCCCAGAUGUUCCAGCCCUCAGAUGGAGCUCCCCAGACGUUCCACCCCCUCCAGGGGCCAUCAGAGAGGGUGCAGCCAGGUUAGCUUGGAAUCUGUCCACCCUUCCUGUCCCUCACUGCUGUCCCCCUGCUCCCAGGCCGGCUCCACCAGGCUUCAUCCUCUCGUCUUCACUCUGUCCUUCAGAGGAGGCAGAAGAAA